AGUUUCAGUCAAAAGACAGCGGUGCUGUUCUAAAGUAGCGUGUGUGUGUGUCUGCGUUUGCAGUGUUUUAAGUGUACUUAAUACCUAACACAUUUUGCUAAAUGUGCCGUUUCGUCUUCUUGGAUUUAUUUUCUGACCAGACCUUCACAGAUUGUGCAUUGUUAUAGUCCUACAUCGCCAAUCUUCUCUCAAUGUAAUUGACAACAGUUGAUCUUCGUCAGGUCGAGCGCGUUUAACCUAAUGUAAACAAACCUCCGUCCGCGGGCGAAGAUUAGCUUUAUUCAUCUUCACAUUACCCUGGAUUUAUCGUCAGCUGUAUUCGCUAACCUGCAAAGUGUGUUGGGGUCAGCGGGAGAUGGUUUGGCCGUGCAGGCAGGCCUUGGACUGAAGUUAAAGCCGUUUAUUUGAGUCUUGUCAGAGUGUCAGAUUCCUCUCGAGGCCUCAUAUCUUUGGAUGAGGAAGUGAACGGACCGAGCUCACCCAGGAGAAAGGAUCCCAUUUCAUGGGAGAAUCCUCUUUCCUUUACUCCUGGGUGAACCAGUGAUCAGUCAAAAUGGAUGAGCAGGAGGCCCUGAAUUCCAUUAUGCAAGACCUGGCGGUGCUGCAUCGAUCCAGUCGACCAUCUGUUCUGUCUGACCUGGCCAAACCCAAGGCCUCCUCUCCCAAGAACCAGAAUGAUGUGAGGGUGAAGUUUGAGUACAGAGGAGAGAAGAGGAUCCUGCAGUUUCCUCGGCCUGUCAGUCUAGAAGACCUGAGUGCUAAAGCUAAAGUCGCUUUUGGACAGAGCAUGGAUCUGCAUUACACCAAUAAUGAGCUUGUGAUUCCGUUGAGUACUCAGGAUGAUCUGGAUAAAGCUGUGGAGCUGCUGGAUCGCUCGGUGCAUAUGAAGAGCCUAAAAAUCUUGCUGGUGCUCCCCUCAUGGACUCAGAACUGUGUCUCCAGUAAGGACAUGUUGCCAACUCAUGACAUCUUGGACAACACAGACUUCAGUGCUCCAGAUAAAAAGAGCAUGCUGGCACACAUAGGUUCACAGUCAACGGAUCGUAGCUCUCCUCCUCCAGGUUAUAUUCCUGAUGCUCUGCAGCAGGUGGCCAGAAAUGGCUCUUUCACCAGCAUCAACAGUGAGGGCGAGUUCAUCCCGGAGAGCAUGGACCAGAUGCUGGACCCUUUGUCAAUGAGCAGUCCUGAGAAUUCAGCAUCAGGCAGCUGUCCUUCCCUUGACAGUCCACUUGAUAGUGAUACCUAUCCCAAAUCCCGAAUGCCUCGAGCCCUGAGCUACCCUGAUAACCAUCAAGAGUUCCCCGAGUAUGAUAUACCAGUGUUUGAGAAAACAGGAAAAGGAGGAACCUAUCCUAGGCGAUAUCACAUACCGUUUGGUCUGCAGGACUACAGCGAUGGACGGAAGACCUUUCCCAGGGCCCGGCGGACACAAGCGCAUGGUUUUCGUUCUCCGGUGAGCUUCAGUCCUACAGAGCAGCAGAGCCCCAGCACUAGCAGUGGAAGCAGCAUCUUCACUCCUGAGCUUGAGGAACCGGGACGCAGACGCCGUGGCAGUGACAUCGAACCCAGCUCCAACCCUACUCUAUCAGUCAUGGACAUCAGCCCUCCCAGUCGCUCCCCUCGUGCUCCCACAAACUGGCGUCUUGGGAAACUUUUGGGCCAAGGAGCAUUCGGGCGAGUGUUUCUAUGCUACGAUGCAGACACCGGCAGAGAACUGGCUGUUAAACAAGUGCAGUUUGACCCAGAUAGCCCAGAAACCAGCAAGGAGGUGAGUGCUCUGGAGUGUGAGAUUCAGCUGCUGAAAAAUCUCUUUCAUGAGCGCAUUGUUCAGUACUACGGGUGCUUGCGGGACACACAUGAAAAAACACUUUCCAUCUUUAUGGAGUACAUGCCUGGGGGCUCCAUUAAAGACCAGCUGAAGUCAUACGGUGCUCUGACGGAGAAUGUCACACGUAAAUACACACGGCAGAUACUAGAAGGUGUUUGCUACCUGCACAGUAACAUGAUCGUCCACAGGGACAUCAAAGGUGCCAAUAUCCUUCGGGACUCUGCAGGUAACGUGAAGCUGGGUGACUUUGGAGCGAGUCGGCGGCUCCAAACCAUCUGUCUGUCUGGAACGGGCAUCAAGUCAGUGACAGGUACACCCUACUGGAUGAGCCCUGAGGUCAUCAGUGGAGAGGGUUACGGCAGGAAAGCUGAUAUCUGGAGCAUUGGCUGCACUGUAGUGGAGAUGUUGACUCAGCGGCCCCCAUGGGCGGAGUACGAAGCGAUGGCUGCCAUUUUUAAAAUCGCCACACAGCCAACCAACCCCACCUUGCCACCUCACGUGUCGGACCACUGCCGUGACUUCCUCAAACGGAUUUUUGUGGAGACUAAACAGCGUCCUGCCGCUGAGGACCUUUUACGGCACACUUUUGUCCACUAGCCACACCCCCUUCCAACUCUGACCGAUCAGAGACUUCCAUAAGUGUCUGUAGGACCAUCCCCUUUUCAGACUCCUCCCAGCAGACCUUACUGGACAAGAGGGCAUAGCAAAGAGGGCAGUGGCCUGGUUGCAUUCCUCCGCUGGGGCAGGAGGGGGAUUUGGAGCAGCUUGAUUCUGUACGAAAACAUUGCACCUUAAUUUCACUCAGGGGUAAGUACCCCUAAAGACUAAAGGGUAUCGGUACCCCCUCCAAAAGACUAAAGGAUGUUGUCUUGUAAAGGCGUCCUUUUAUGUGGUUUUUAAUGUUUGUGAUUGUGGAGAACCUCUUGCGUUCUGGAUGCACUGGGUUGAUGCAGGAAGAUCAAGGAAUGUCAAGCCCCAGAAGAAGGCAGGUACGCCAAUACGCUGCUAAAUGGUUAAAGAAAAUAAGUAAAUAACAAAACCGAAUGGAUGUACGGGACUCUGCAGUCCAGCUGUCAUGGCUCCUAAAGUUCUCAUGUUUUUGCACAGUCCUCCUAUGACAUGAACUCCGAUCGAUGACUUACUGUAGAAUAUUUACUCACUAUGCUGUACGAACAUUUACGUUGAACUCUCUCUCUCGCUCACCUUCCGAUUACUACCACAUUACCGGAGUGUAUUCGCUCUUUCGAUUUGUCAGGAUCUUUUACACACUCCCUUCUGUUUUUUUUACCGUGUGCCUUUUUAAUUUUUUUUUAAACAAACGUCUCCUUCCUGUUUUUUUUUUUCUUGUAUCUUCCUCCUCUGUCUGUUCAUUUUUCUAGAAUUUUAUAGAUUUAAUGCACAGCUACUCAUGAAUCUUUCAGACUUUGGUCUGUACAGGAAUUCGUUAAGACAGUUUGGCUCUUCAUACUGUUUCUAGAUCAGCAUAAGCAGCUCCACUCUGCCUUUCUCUCCCCUUGGUCCCUCUGCUGGCAAACUGAUCUCUGGUCAGAAUCACCAGUGCAUUCUCUCAACACAGUGCCGUACGCUUCAAUCUGAUCAGGUAGGCAGGUUGAAUACACACUCACUCACCAAAGCGAAACACAAAACAAAUAAAACCCGGACUACACAGGCAGGGUUUAGUGCCUGGACAUUAGUUCGUCAUCAUUUUACAGUAAGAAUCGCUUCAGAUUCCAGUAUAAAUCUCAAGUAUGUGGAGCGUUUGCUAACGGAUCGCUCUCGAUAUGAAAGUUGACACUGUAAGUGCACUUCUAGUGAACACAACACAACCUGGAUCCUAAUAUAUUUCAUACCGAAAGUCAUCAGCAGUGUUCUCAUCCAAGAUUCUCUAUGUAUUUCCGGACGUUUCAGAAUAUGCAUUUUCGCAACUCAGCUCUUGACAGUACUUAACGGUUUGCUUAUGAAUUGACCUCGCUAUCCCACGAUGCCUUGGGACUUUUCAAGCACUUGCUUACACACUCGGCUCCACAAAGCUGUUCAAAACACAUUCAGAGGAUCCCUCACCUACAUAGUGCUGUAGUGCCUGCCUUCAGACGUAGGUGACAAUAGGUUUCUGUUGGGUUUACACUUGCUCCUCUCGUAAUCCAUUGGGCUUGCUUCUCCUUAAUCAUUUCGUCACAACUGCUGUUCUGAAUUAGGAGGUUAAGCAUUUCCUUCACUCCUAAAUAUGAGAGGAUGGUACUUCUGAGUGAGCGUACACAUAUGUGGAUGUAAUCGUCAAAUGAAAACACAAACGUUUAAUAUAUAAGCAAGUGAAUUUAUAUAUCUUGCUCAUCGUGUCCUGAGAAUAUAGAUAAGCUUCAUACUUUUGAGUUGUUCACACGAGAUACGUUGUUGUGUUCUGUCUAAGCUAUUGCUAAACAGUUUCAUUUUAUAAACAUGGCUAAGUGACUUUACAUGUUUGUUAGUUUUUGCUGCACCUCUCACAUAGUAUUGUCACGAGACUAGAAUUCGAUACCAAUCAGGACUGACAUUUUAAAAACGUUCUUAUUGUGUGUUCACACCAAAGUGGCGAGAGUGUUGAAGUAGCCGGAAGUCAUUCAUUUUCAAUGAAAACGGCGUUGAUAAGCGUUGAGCAGCGGCGCGGCACAUGUUUGCCAGGUGUGGGUGUCGAGGACAGUUGAAAUAAAGUCAACUCUAUGGUAAUGAGCUGUGACGCGGUUCAGCGGCAACCAGUCAAAAUGUAGACGUCCACCUCUUGAAAGGGGUCCAGAGAACACAAUCCUGUGAACUUUAGUUCUGACCACAGUUGUUCCCAAGGGUUUGAUUAAUGCGGUGGCUGGAUUUCCAAUUAUUUAUGAUGUUUUCUUACAGCGACAUAUAUUUAAAAAAAGUUACUGGCGAGUUGAUGUGCGUUAAUGUUAUUUUUUUCUUUAAAAAAAAAAGUGUGAAUCUCAUGCUAACUAUAACGACAAUACAAGACGGUAUUGCUGCUUCAGAAUAUUUCAAACAUGAACCCAUAUUGAAUAAGUAGAGCAAAGCCACAUCACACCACACACAACAACUUGAUCUUCCAUAGUUAAAUGAAUUUGAUCAACAACAUUUUCACGCUAGAAAGCAUGUUUUCAUGCAUGAUGUAACUGAUUUGCUGCAACAGCCCCUUUAAAUACGAGAUCAAUGUAGCAAUGACGCUCUCGCCGGCAGAGCAGUGAAGGCAGACAAUGUUGUUGAACUUUGAUGAUCUUUGGUGUGAACACAGUUAAACAUCACUGAUUUGCCAUUGUGUUCACAUGUUUAACAGAAAUGACUGUGAUUGCGGCGCCAAUAGCCUAGUGGUUAAGCGCGCCGACAAAUAGCACCAUGGUGCUCAUGGCGACCCGAGUUCGAUUCCCAGCUCGAGAUCCUUUGCCGACCCUUCCCCUCUCUCUGCUCUCAACUAUUUUCUGUCAGUUCUCUGCACUAUUCUAUCCAUUAAAGGUUAAAACCCCCUUAAAAAUAAUAAAAAUAAAAAAAAGAAAUGACUGUGAUUGGCCAUGAAGGUCAUCACUUCACCGAAUUCACCUCUGUUUACUGCAUGUAACCACAGAUACAGCAACACUGGAGCAUUUUAAAGCCACGAUUCAACAGCAGAUCACUCGUAUGUCAGCUUAUAGACAAACCAGCUGACCGAAGUGACUUUGAAAAGCUCCAGUGUCCCUGCAUCUGUGGUUACACUCAGUAAACAGCGGUGAGUUCGGUGAACCGAUGACCUUCAUGGUCAAUCACAGUCAUUCCUGUUGAGCAUAUGAACCCUCUGGUAAAUCAGCGCUUUAAGAAUGUGCUCAGUAGUGCUGAAAUGUUCGUGUGAAAUGAACCUUUUUAAAAUUUCAGUACCGAUUGGUAUUGAAUUCCAGUAUCGUGACA